UUGUGGUUUGGAGAGAAGUCUUUCCCAUAUUCAAUUGCUAUCUAACAGUUAAUGGAAAUGGCUUCCUCAUCCUUCAUCUUAGGUACAGAUUUGAAAUGCGUACUCUCUUAUAGGAACACUAAAACCAUGUCUGGGUUUGGUGCACUGAGACACACUAACCCAAAUGGUUUGUUCAGCAAAUUUUUCCCCUUUCACACUCUAUCCACUAGAAUGGUAGCAAGGACUACAAAUAUGGUUUCUGAUGUUUAUGUUGGUGGAAACACAAGUAGCAGAGUCAAUAGCAAGAUGUACACCAAGUUGGACUCUUGUCUGGUGAUACCACCUACACCGAAUCGUGCCAAGCCUCGAGCUAUAAUCAAAUUCCUGGGUGGUGCCUUCAUUGGGGCUGUUCCUGAAGUUACUUACGGGUACCUGAUAGAGUUUUUGGCAAAGGAGGGUUUUUUGGUGGUGGUGGUGCCUUAUAAUGUGACAUUUGACCAUUCUCAAGCUGCUAAGCAAGUAUAUGAGAGGUUCCAAGCUUGUUUGAGUACUAUCCUGACAUCUGGGUUGCCUCAAGCCAAUCUGUCUCCUGCUCAGCUUAAAGACCUUCCUCUUUUCUCUGUUGGCCAUAGCAAUGGUGCACUUCUUCAACUACUCAUAGGCAGCUUAUUUUCAGAGAAUAUACCCAAGGCUAAUGCUGUAAUCUCAUACAACAACAGGCCAGCAACUGAGGCAGUCCCAAACUUUGAACAGUUGGGUCCUGCAGUCAGCCAAAUGAUGCCAGUGAUGGAGGCAGCUCCUUUUUAUUCAAUAGCUAGAAAUGCAUCAGGAGAUGCAUUGAAGAUGGUGUUGGAUGCUGUUAGAUCAACUCUACCAGAAUCUGAGCAGGAAAGACUGAAUUCCUUAACUAAAUUUGUUGAUCAGUUGCCAUCAGUAAUGAAUGAGGUUUCGCAAGGAGUAUCAGAGUUCAAGCCAACACCAUCAGAAAACCGUGAUUGCUUUAAAUGUUCAUACAAUGUUGAAAACACACUAUUGGUGAAGUUCAAUGUCGACGCAAUUGAUGAGACAGAUAUUCUUGAAAAAACACUAAAGCCUCGUGUGGAGUCAUUGGGAGGGACAUUAGAGAAAGUGACAUUAAGUGGUAACCACAUCACACCAUGCAUUCAGGAAGUGAAGUGGGAAGUGGGUAAAUUGUAUACUCCUGCAGAUGCUGUUGCUCAAGGGCUUGCAUCUCUUUCUUUGAAUGAUACCAAGAUCCUUGCCAGAACUAUUAGUGACUGGUUCAGACGCUAUGAGGCUUGAAGUGAAAGGGUACACAAUGCAAAUAUAAUAAUUUAAUUUUAUAAUUUUUGCUAUAAGCAUCAUUAUGGUCUAUGUUUUGGAAUUUUUAACCUAUGAAGUGUAUAUAAUUUGUAUGUUAAGAUAAAUGUUGGUAGUUUAUAUCAUUUAUUAGAUUCAUGUUUGUUUGCA